AUCACAUUAUCAUUAUUAUCUCUACUUCCUUCUUCCCCUCUCUUGCUUGUCUGAACCUUUUUAGUACAACUUCUCCAAAGAACACUUUUUCUCUCUCUCUCUCUCUCUCUCUCUCUAGAAUCAUCCUAAGAAGAAAGCAGCCAUGUCUUCUCCAAGCAAACGCCGUGAAAUGGACCUCAUGAAACUAAUGAUGAGCGAUUACAAGGUGGAGAUGAUUAAUGAUGGCAUGCAAGAAUUUUAUGUGCAUUUCCAUGGACCUACUGAAAGUCCAUAUCAUGGCGGUGUGUGGAAAAUAAGGGUAGAACUUCCUGAUGCUUACCCAUAUAAAUCUCCAUCCAUUGGUUUUAUUAAUAAAAUCUACCACCCAAAUGUUGAUGAGAUGUCUGGCUCAGUUUGUUUAGAUGUUAUCAAUCAGACUUGGAGUCCCAUGUUUGAUCUGGUAAAUGUGUUUGAAGUGUUUCUUCCACAACUUCUCUUGUAUCCAAACCCAUCAGAUCCAUUGAAUGGAGAGGCUGCUGCCCUUAUGAUGCGAGACCGGGCUGCCUAUGACCUAAGAGUUAAAGAAUUUUGUCAGAAAUAUGCCAAGCCUGAAGAUGUUGGAGCUGCUGCCCCCGAGGAGAAGUCAAGUGAUGAGGAGUUAAGUGAAGCUGAAUAUGACUCAGCUGAUGAUGCAGUUGCAGGCCCUGUUGAUCCAUGACCGAACCCCGUGCUCGUUGACUUUCUGUAUCUGUAAAUGAUGUUCUUUAGUCCUGUUUAAUAUCUAGUUGAACUACAAAGCUCAAGACUAUUCAUUGGGGAAAGAUGCAUAACAAAGUUCCCUUUCUUUAUUAGUUUAGCUGCAAUGUAAAUAAUUUCACCCUUUGAUUUCUGUGUUCUUGAUAUUUGCUGUUA